AUGUUCUUCCAGAGAGAUGUCAAAAGAGUGCCUCCCCCUUAUAGAGAGUGCGAAGACGUGAUUGGGUUUGAAAAGAAAAAUGGGUUUAAAUACACUCGAAAUGAAUGUCGCAGAACUUGCAUCCAUGCAGCCAUGCGUGACGCCUGUGGAUGCCUUCCACCUAACGCUGAAGAGUUCUACUACUUUAUAAAUAAAACCAAUGAAUAUAAAGGAUGUCAGACGGAAGCAGAGUUUAAAUGUUUGGAAGAUGUGGAAACAGCAUUUAAGUCGUUUAAACGAACAUGCACGUGUUUAAAUCCUUGCCGUGAGCAGAUUUAUUCCAUGAGCAAGAGUGUUCGACAGUGGCCUUCUAUGCCCUAUGCAACUAGUUUAAUGCAGACGGUGUGUCAAUCUCACCCAGAGAAGUGCAUUAUAUUGCAACGAAUGAGAUCUUCUCCAUCCGAUAUGAUUGGAUAUUUCUCCAAGGUCACUAUUUACUAUGAGGAUCUUAACUUUGAAGAGCUAGUAGAAUCGCCUGCAUCUACCUUUGCAGAGUUUGCAUCCAACAUAGGCGGCGCUAUUGGUCUGUGGAUCGGUUUGUCUGUGUUGGCAAUGUUUGAAGUUGUGCAGUUGAUGAUCGAACUUUGCGCUUACGGCUUCUAUCUGUUGUGUGGCAAAAAGCGGAAAGUCAAAGACCAAUUUGUGCGUGACCAUGAGAGAGAAAACAAAAUAGACAUUGGAGAAAAAUGACCAUCGACCUGCAGGGCUUAGUCAACAUACUCAUAACUACUAACCGAUCUUUACUGAAGCAAUAUCUACUUACAAUUGUUCAAGUUGGACUUGUGGGUUAACACUGAAAUUGCAAUGUUAUGUACAUUACAUAUACAUUAUAU